UGAAUUUGCUCUUCAUUGUUUUCUGCACACUUCUGUUCGCUUCUGUUGACGAGUAUGAGCAGUUGAGUCAGCAGAGUAUCAAGAAACGAUAAAUAGUAACUUGAGUACUCUGUUAGUGAUUUGAUAAAAGCACCAGUGAUAAGAAUACGAGAUAAAUGAAAAGUGAAGUUUAGAGCACUGUAGCAACAUGAAGUUUCGUUUAAAACAGCUGUUCCAUCCUUAGAAGUAGUGGGAGAUACUGACAACGACCUUGUCUCUGCGUGUGCUUGACUUCCAGUGACAAAAGGUACAUAAAUAUACUGCAUAAGCGAAAAUAAUAAAAAGCACGAUAAAUAACAAGGGAGAGAAUACGAAGAAAUCAACAAGAAAAUAUUGAAUAAUUGUACAUGAAAGGAGGUCGUAAACGUGUGAAAGAGAGGAUGCCACCUUCUUCGCAUUCAAAUUGGACGAAGCCUCUGCUGAAAGGUGGGCAAAUGUUGCAGAUGCAGGUGAAACGAGCGACUGGCAACAGGCAAACAAAUAAUAUCCAAAAUAAUUCUUUGGAACAUACAGCCAGCCAAGCCCUUGACAGAAGAAUUAAAGUAGUGCUCGUCGGUGAUGGAGCAGUUGGAAAAACUAGUCUCGUUGUUUCUUAUUCUACCAAUGGUUUCCCUGGGGAAUAUGUUCCAACAGCCUUCGAUAAUUACAAUGUGGUCGUCAACGUCGAUGGAUUACCUCUUAAUGUUCAAUUAUGUGACACAGCUGGACAGGAUGAUUUUGAUCCUUUAAGAUCACUGUGUUAUCCAGAAACGGACGUUUUUCUCGUUUGCUUUAGCGUCGUUUGUCCUUCAUCAUAUCAUAGUGUGAGCUCAAGAUGGUUUGAUGAAGUUAAAAAGUAUUGUCCGAAUACACCUAUUAUUCUUGUUGGUACUAAAAGUGAUUUAAGAUCUGAUGUACGAUUAACAAUGCAGUUGGCGCGAUACGGUCAAGCACCGAUAAUAACAGCACAAGGACAUCGAUUAGCUGAAAAAUUAGGUGCGGUAAGUUAUGUUGAAACAUCAGCAUUAACUCAGCAUGAUCUUAAAGAAGCCUUCGAUCAGGCAAUCGUAAGUGCCUUGAGUACGAGGCGUGGUGGCGCUUAUUUGCUAGCACGUCAUAGGAAGCCGCCUCCGUUGUGGCGAAGAUGGUUAUGCUGUUGGGAAAGGCCGCCUUCAACGGCGUCUUAAAUAAUUAAAUAUGCGCUCUUCCCAUAUAUUAUGAGACACUGGUAUUCUUCACUGUGAUUUAUAACUGUUGCCACUUGACUUCUGUUCAGUAUGAACAUCUUAUUCUGAAGAUAGCGUCAGUAUAAGCACCAAUAUUUAGGUUGAUGUGGGAAGUACAGAGAGAAUAAUAAUCAAACAUUUGAUGUUUUGCCAAGUUUUAAAGAGUACUAGGCCAUUAUGUAAUUAUUUAAUUUUUAGUUAUGAGUAAUGAGUUAUUUUAACCCGCUGGUAAGGGUGAGAGUUUUCUCAUUUUUUUCUUAAUGGGUUUCAUGUAUAGAACACAAUAAUUUAGAACAUGAUCUCAUUUGUAUAAACGUGUUAUAAUGAGAAGAUAAUUCAUUCAAUUGAUAUUAUAUAACUCCAACUAUUUUGGAGAUUAUAAAUGUAAACUUGCCUUCAGUGAGCAUCAUAAUGAAAAGCUAAGGUUGAAAUUAGAGUUUUCGUAGCAUUAUGGAUGAAUAAUUAAUUAUGCAGCAUUUUGUGCCUACACGUGGCAAUAAUUUAUUGAAUAGUUGGUUAUAUUUUUGAAGAAUAGUUUUCUGGUAGUAAUAUCGUACUAAUAUUUUUAUCUGUUGACUUCACUCAUUGGUUGUGAUGAUUUAUUUUAAUAUUAUUCAGUUUGAUUAAACAAAUCAAUUGAUCAGCUGCAUUUGUAAAACUUUUUUCAAGGUUUUAGAGUUAUAAUUUAAUUAUCUAACUCUAUAAAAUGCUUGAAGUGUAUGGACAUUAAGACUACAGUGAUUUUAAUUUCUUUUUUAAACUUUUAUGAUAGCUUUAUUGUUAAAUAUUUUAAUAUUAAACUAAUUUAUAAAUCAAAUACUAAGGUGACUAUACUACAAAGAGUGAUGAAUAUUAUACAAUAGAUUUCUGCUAUUCACAAAUGAAUAAUAAUUUAGAAAAAACUUUUUAACUUUUAAAAAAGAUAUUCGUAUAAAAACAUUGAAUAAAUAGUAUAGUUGAUGCUAUUGAAAUGAUAAACGUAAAAUAGUCUCUCAGUUUUUUUUGUGAAAAGAAAUUUAUUAAUAUUAAAUGGUUGUUGGUUGUGAUUUAUAUCUGGCUCAAUUAUUUUUAUGAGUUACUUUACUCUUUAAGAUCGUUUUUUAUUCAGUGCAGAUCAAUUUUAUAUAAGAAUUUUUGUACUUUGAUAUAACAGUUCCUAGAAGACGGAAAUGGUCCCAAAAAAUCAUACAAUUUUUGCAUAACGUACUAUUGAAUGUAAUUGCAAUAGUAGUUUUAAUUUUAUUCUAUAUAUGUUAUCAUGUACUAUUUUUUUUUAAGUUUUUCUUUGAAUAACUAUGAAUCACAUUGUACUAAGAGUCGUACUAAAAGAAUCAUAAAUUGUUAUUAUCUUGUAUAUGAGAAUGCGUAAACAAUAUUAUACAUUCCUAGUAUUAUUAUUACAAUUAUUUCAAUUGUAAAAAAUAUUAAUUAAUGUACAUAUAUCUAUACCAUUGAUAAUAUUAGCUAUUGCAAGGAUUAAUAAGUAUUAUUAUAUUUUGCGUUAUGACAUAGUAAAAUAUUUUGUCGAAUUUAUAUGCUGAUAUAAAUUGAUAAUGUGAUCACUGAUAUGAUCACAUUAUAGAUAUAAUAUACCGGUGUUUAAUUAUAAGAAAAACAUAUUAGACUGAUAAAACACUAGAGUAAUAGAAUAGUAUUAUAUGCGUUUACUCUCUACAAUAAAACCAAUGGUAUUUUUAUAAAAAAAUA